UCGAACGAACCGAUUCGCGGAAAGCGAGCCGGACUUUCCAUCCCUAACGCACGCACGCGCACGCUGCGGAUCGUGCUCUUCCCGCUUUGAGCUCGAGCUGCUCCGAGUGCUGUGAGGCGGAUGACAGUUUGUUUUCACGGCGGGCCUGUCUGAAAAGAAGAACGAGCGUUUGCACCUUCAGCUACGGUGACCGAGUCUGUUCUCCUCAAGAUGAGACCGCUUAUUCCCAAAUGUACGCUUUUGCCAAAGGAUGUGAAUCCCGGGGACCUGUCUGUGUACAACAGCUCUAGCCGAGCCGAGGGAAAGAGUGCAGUUUAAACAGGCAUGAGGCUGUUGGCCUCCUCGCCACACCAACUACAACAAACGUGCGACGUCCCGAUGGAGUUUUAACCCCUGCAGGAGUACAGACUGCUUGGUCCACCGAGGCUGGUGAAGAAACACAGGUAUGUAUGAGCACACGCAGAUAUAACUGCCCCUCCCUUUGGUUCGACGCCAGAACUGCCCUCGAAUAACAAACAAAAUAUUAGAGCGAGAGAAAGCGAGCGAGAGACUGAGGGUCCCAUGUGCCAUUGGGCAGUGGGGCUUUCGCCAUGAGCAGUACUCUGGGCAAAGAUAAAGACUCUAAGGAGAGGGAACCCAAAGCUGAAGGGAAAUCCAAAACCAAAGGGAAAGAUGCCAAAGAUGGGAAGAAAGACACGAGUGGCGCUUCGCCCGCGGUGGCCUUCACUUUGGACAGCACGAUAAAGCGACCCAACCCACCGCCCAGCACGCGCAAAAAAUCCAGCAAUGCAGAGGUCAUCAAGGAACUGAACAAGUGCCGUGAGGAGAACUCGAUGCGCCUGGAUCUGUCCAAGAGAUCCAUCCAUCUGUUGCCCUCUUCCAUCAAGGAGCUGACCCAGCUGACUGAGCUCUACCUGUACAGCAACAAGCUGCAAAGCCUGCCGGCCGAGGUGGGAUGCCUGUCAGGACUGGUGACGCUGGCGCUCAGCGAGAACUCUCUCACCAGCCUGCCAGACUCGCUGGACAACCUGAAGAAGCUGCGCAUGCUCGACCUGCGGCACAACAAGCUUCGGGAGAUCCCAGCCGUGGUCUACCGCGUCACCUCCCUCACCACGCUCUACCUGCGCUUUAAUCGGAUCACCACCGUGGAGAAGGACAUCAAGAAUCUGUCCAAACUCACCAUGCUCAGCAUCCGAGAGAACAAGAUUAAACAUCUGCCCGCAGAGAUCGGUGAGCUCUGUAACUUGAUUACACUGGAUGUAGCCCACAACCAGCUGGAGCACCUUCCUAAAGAGAUCGGCAACUGCACUCAGAUCACCAACCUUGACCUGCAGCACAACGAACUUCUCGACCUACCUGAGACUAUAGGUAACUUGUCAAGUAUAAACCGUCUGGGUCUGAGGUACAACCGUCUAUCAGCGAUCCCUCGAUCUUUAUCCAAGUGCCGAGAGCUGGAGGAGCUCAACCUUGAAAACAACAACAUCUCAGUGUUACCAGAGGGUCUUCUCUCCAGUCUGGUGAACCUGACGAGUCUGACGCUGGCACGAAACUGUUUCCAGUCUUACCCAGUGGGCGGCCCGUCCCAGUUCUCCACCAUCUACUCACUCAACAUGGAGCACAACCGUAUCAACAAGAUCCCUUUCGGCAUCUUCUCCCGAGCCAAAGUGCUCAGCAAGCUCAAUAUGAAGGACAACCAGUUAACGUCUCUUCCGCUGGAUUUUGGGACGUGGACCAGUAUGGUAGAGCUAAACCUGGCAACGAACCAGCUUACCAAGAUUCCCGAGGAUAUCUGUGGACUUGUGUCUUUAGAGGUCCUCAUAUUAUCCAACAAUCUCCUGAAGAAGUUGCCUCAUGGGAUAGGAAACUUACGGAAACUGCGAGAGCUUGACUUGGAGGAGAACAAACUGGAGUCCCUCCCAAAUGAAAUAGCCUACCUUAAGGAUCUGCAGAAACUUGUGUUGACCAAUAAUCAGCUGAAUACUUUGCCAAGAGGAAUCGGUCACCUGACCAACCUGACGUACCUGGGCUUGGGAGAGAACCUGCUGCAGCACCUACCUGAGGAGAUUGGUACACUUGAGAACCUGGAGGACCUUUACCUGAACGACAACCCUAACCUGCACAGUCUGCCGUUCGAGCUGGCGCUGUGCAGUAAGCUGUCCAUCAUGAGCAUAGAGAACUGCCCCCUCAGCCACCUCCCGCCGCAGAUCGUCGCCGGAGGCCCGUCCUUCAUCAUCCAGUUCCUCAAGAUGCAGGGUCCCUACCGCGCCAUGGUCUGAGGCGACUCACACACUGUACCGAAUCGCCACACGACGUUACCUUCGUCGUCAUUAUAUCUAGGACAAGAAACUGCGUAACUGGGUUCCUAUCGGCGGAGGAGUCACAGCCAGUUAGGUCCCCUUUACCCCAGUAGAAAACAAUGUCUAGACUUCAGUUGCCAAAAUCAAUGUACAUUAGUGAUUCUGAAGAGGCGCUCUUAAAAAUGUUUCAGUCAUUUUGCCAAUUUAUUGAAAGUCGUUAUAGGGGUUUGGACGCCAGGAAACAGUUGUAUGCAAAAACAAAACAUUUCAUUUUUGCUGCUGCCGUCAUACUGUAUGUGAGGUUUUUUAAGUUCGUUUUUUUUUUUUGUCAUCCCACAACCAAAAGAUUUUUAUUGUACAGAGGACCUGUUUUGGAAGCAGUGAACAAAUUUUAGUUCUUCUUUUUUUUAUUAUUAUUAAUUGUUAUUAUUCUAGAAUUGUGCCUCUUCAGUGCAGUUGGGUGGUUUGUGUCUGAACAUUAUUAUCCAAGAAGUUUUUAAUACAACAAGGAUGAAUUUACAAAAGUAUAAUUUAUUCCGUAAUUCAUUUUGUAAUUAUUUAGUCGCUCCCUUUUUUGAAAUAUUCAUUCCUCUUUGCUGUCGGGACGUGUUGUUGCGCGUGACGUUUUCAAAUGAUGAAUCCACAAUCUUGUUUUUUCUUUCUUUUUUUUCUGUGAAAUAGUGAAGUAACAGACGAAUCAAAAAUCGUCUUUGAUAGCAGUCGGUCUAGAGCGUCACUCAGAGGUGCAGGUCUCUGUUCUGGACGUGGGGUUUGUGAUUGUUCACUUGUUUGCCGCAUCCACGGUGUUGCGCUCUGCUUGUGUCCUGUUGGAGAGAGAGGCAUGUGUGUAUCAGGUGCUGAACAGUGCUAGCAGUUAAAGGCCAAACGCCCAUUCAACAUCACUUCUGUCUUUUUUUUUUAAUUCCGCAUUUGAAGGAUUUCCGGGUCAGUGUCAUCGGGCCGGUUAAACUUUUCCCUGUGAUUUUCUGCUCUUUUAAAUUCACAGAAUAUUAAACAGUGGUUCCAAGGUUUUUUUUUGCACCAUUUAUCCCACAUCUUAUGCUGCUGCUUUUAAUGCACUUUGUAUUGAUAUUUGGCAUCCCCCUCGAGUAAAAGGGUUGUGAUAUUUCAUCUUACCGAUUAAACAUAUGGAAGGGGGCAUUUAUUAUUAUUAUUAUUUCUGAAGUAUUUUAAUUCUCUAUCAUGUAUAUUUUAAAACAAUGAAUGAAAAAAUUUGCCUCAGCAAAUUCGAACUAUAACAUUCUCUUAAGAACUUCUUUUUUUUUUUGACGCCUUUUUUCUCUUUAUUAAAUUGUUUGAUUUAAACUUCUGACUAGUUUGUGUUUCUAUAUAUAAUUAAAACUUCAUAUCAUUUUCAAAUGGUGCAGUUAUUGCAAUUAAAAAACCCAAAUGUGGCCAAAUUACAAAUUUGCAAACGUUAUUCCACCUUUUCAACCUUGUUUUGUUCAAGAUGGAAUUUCUUUUGGUUUAGUAUUAAAUCAAGUGACUGAAUGUCCACCUCCACUUUACUUUAUCAAGCCAAAUGUAUUUUGAGCUGUCCACAUUUUCUUUUCUUACAUUUCCUCUCGCUCUUUCCUUUGAUUCGUAAGGACAUUGUGUACAUCGGCAGCAGCGUAAAGGUUUCGGAGAGGCACUUCACAGUCGUGGGGCCAUGAAAAGGACACAAAUCGCUGCUUUUUUAUCAACCAGCAGAACCUGUUGCUGCUUAAGGACCUCUUAGAAACGUAAUGCUGUAAAAGAACCGGCCCGCGUGAGACGUUACGGACUGGCUUCUCGGGCCGGUUUCUACCAGCACAGACGUUCUGCUACAGAUGAAAUCCCUCUGGACCUGCUCGGUGCAUAUCUUGCGCCUGAUGCAGACGCUGAAUAAAAACGACACAAAUACAAACAUUGUAAAAAGGGCUUUCUCUGUUCAUGCUUAACUAUACACCAGAGGCAUUGCAUUCCUGGUUUUGUAUAAAAGCUUUCUUUUGUGUGUGUGUGUGUGUGUGUGUGCGAGUGUGUGAGUAUGUGUGAGGGAAUAGUUAGAUGUUAACAAAAUGGAAUUAUUAUGUGACAAUAAAUGCCUUUGAGUACUUCAAGUGAGACGUGCAUUAGGGACGUGGCCUUGUGACGUGUCCCAAGUUCAUUUAUUUUAUUUUUAUCCCCCCCCCAGCAUUUAUAUGCCGUUUAUGCAGGGGAGUUGGGCUGGUUUUUAUGUAUUAACAGUAUGAUCGGCUUCGGAUGAGAAUGCAUCACAAAUCAGGAAUGUAGUCAAAAAAGACAAUAAAUACAUAAUAAUUGUA